UGAGUUCUUCCUUAACAGUAAACAUGGCAACCCUGGCUGAUGUCGGAUGGAAGCUUCUGGAGUUUAAAGCCAGAUCUAAACGCUCAGAGCUUCAGUAGUGCUGUAGUGUCGUAACAAUCAGCUAAUCGACAAAAUGGCCAGCACCGCCUGCGAGCGUCCCCGUUCUCGACGCAGACUCGACAGACCCGGCUCCAUUUAUGAACCCCUUAAGCUGUCCAUCCUGCACCGUGAAGAUGAGCCUCUGUGGGAGAAACUGGACCGCUUCUACAGCGCAGUGAAGUGCACUAUUCUGAAUUAUCAGAGCCCCACCACCGGACUGUUUCCUAUAAAGACCUGCUCCGACUGUAAAGAAGCUAAAGUGCGAGAUUCGCUUUACUGUGCUGCCAGCGCCUGGGCUCUGGCUCUCGCUUAUAGACGCAUCGAUGAUGACAUGGGCCGCACACACGAGCUGGAACAUUCUGCCAUUAAAUGCAUGCGUGGGAUUCUCUACUGCUACAUGCGCCAGGCUGACAAGGUGGAGAAUUUUAAACAGGACCCGAACCCGUACACAUGUCUCCACUCCGUGUUCAACGUUCAUACAGGAGAUGAGAUUUACUCCUACAAACAGUACAGUCACCUGCAGAUCGAUGCCGUGUCUCUCUUCCUUCUCUACUUGGUGGAAAUGAUUUGCUCUGGUCUACAGAUUAUCUACAACACUGAUGAGGUGGCUUUCAUCCAGAACCUGGUGUUUUGUGUAGAGCGAGCGUACCGCGUCCCGGAUUUCGGCAUGUGGGAGAGAGGAAGUAAAUACAACAACGGCAGCACAGAGCUGCACUCCAGUUCUGUGGGACUCGCCAAAGCUGCGCUCGAGGCCAUCAACGGAUUCAACCUGUUUGGAAAUCAGGGAUGCUCCUGGUCAGUGAUAUUUGUGGAUUUGGAUGCUCACAACCGCAACAGACAGACCCUGUGCUCCCUCCUACCCAGAGAAUCACGUUCUCAUAACACAGACGCCGCCCUCUUGCCCUGUAUCAGCUACCCGGCGUUCGCGGUGGAUGACGACGCCCUUUACAGCCAGACGCUGGACAAAAUCGUCCGCAAGCUUAAGGGCAAAUACGGCUUCAAACGAUUCCUAAGGGACGGAUACAGGACGGCGAACGAGGACAAGAACCGCAGACACUACAGGCCUGCUGAGAUGAAGCUCUUUGAUGGGAUCGAGUGUGAGUUUCCCAUCUUCUUCAUCUACAUGAUGAUCGAUGGUGUGUUCAGAGGAAACAUGGAUCAGGUGAAAGAGUACGAAGAUCUCCUGCAGGGAAUCAUUUUUCAGUCUUAUGAAGGUCAUGCCAUAAUUCCGAAGUACUACCACGUGCCGGCGGACUUUGUGGAGGCGGAGCAGAAGAAACACGGCAGCCAGAAGCGUUUCCCGAGCAACUCGGGUCGUGACGGGAUGCUGUUCCUGUGGGGUCAGGCUCUGUACAACAUCGCCAAGCUGCUGGUGGACGGUCUGAUCAGCCCCAAAGACAUCGAUCCCAUCCAACGAUACGUACCGCUUCAGGACCAGAGGAACGUUAGCAUGAGAUACUCCAACCAGGGUCCCAUCGAGAACGAUGUGGUGAUCCAUGUGGCACUGAUCGCCGAGAGUCAGAGGUUGCAGGUUUUCCUCAACACGUACGGUAUUCAGACUCAGACCCCACAGCAGGUGGAGCCCAUUCAGAUUUGGCCUCAGCAGGAGCUUGUAAAGGCGUAUCGUUUCUUGGCCAUCAAUAAGAAGCUCGGUCUAAGCGGACGUCCAGAGAGGCCGGUGGGCUGCAUCGGGACCUGUAAGAUUUAUCGCAUCCUGGGGAAGACCGUGGUGUGUUACCCCAUCGUUUUUGACCUCAGUGACUUCUACUUGUCUCAGGAUGUCAUGCUGCUGAUCGACGACAUCAAGAACGCCCUACAGUUCAUUAAGCUGUGCUGGAAGAUGCCGGGUCGCCCGCUGUUCCUCGUCCUCAUCAGAGAGGAUAACAUCAGGGGGAGCCGCUUCAACCCCGUACUGGACAUGCUGGCUUCGUUUAAGAAGGGUAACAUCGGAGGGGUCAAAGUUCACGUCGACAGGCUUCAGACUCUGAUCUCUGGGGCUGUGGUUGAGCAGCUGGAUUUUCUGCGCAUCAACGAGGCGGAGAUUCCCGAGUUUAAAAGCUUCGAGGAACUCGAGCUGCCCAAACACUCGAAGGUGAAGCGCCAGACGAGCACGCCGAACGCCACCGACCUCGAGCAGCAACCCGAGAUCAACAUCGACGAGUGGAGGAACAAACCCACACACGAGAUCCUGCAGAAGUUCAACGACUGUGACUGUCUCGCCAGCCAGGCCCAGCUCGCUAGUGUCCUGAUGAAGAAGGAAGGUCCAGACUUCUUCAGCAGAGACGAGUUCCUGAAGUCGGAGUUGGAGCGAAUCUACAGGAGAGCAGGCAGCCGGAAGCUCUGGUCCGUUGUACGUCUCGCUGCCAGUCUCUUAACUAAGCUAGUGGACAGCCUUGCUCCAAGUAUUACUAGCGUUUUAGUGCAUGGCAAGCAGGUGACUCUGGGUCUUUUUGGACACGACGAGGAGGUGAUCUCUAACCCGCUGUCUCCGGCCGUCAUUAAGGACAUUAUUUACAGGAAGUGCAGUCCACACGGCGAGCGAGAGGCCGUGCUGCAGCAGGAGCUCGUCAUCCACAUCGGCUGGAUCAUCUCUAACAACCCCGAGCUGUUCAGCGGCAUGCUCAAGAUCCGCAUCGGGUGGAUCAUCCAAGCCAUGAAACACGAGCUGAAGAUCCGCGCAGGAGACAUGCCGCCUCAGGACAUCUACCAGAUGUCACCUAGUGAUGUCAAACAGCUGCUGUUGGACGUUCUUCAGCCUCAACAGACCGGCAGGUCGUGGCUAAAUCGGCGUCAGAUCGAUGGAUCUCUGAAUCGGACACCUCUCGGGUUUUACGAUCGUGUUUGGCAGAUUCUGGAGAGGACGAGUAACGGCAUCAUGGUGGGAGGGAUUCACCUGCCUCAGCAACCCACUCUGUCUGAUAUGACCAUGUACGAGAUGAACUUCUCCCUGCUGGUGGAGGACACGCUGAAGAACAUCGUGCUGCCCGAAUACAGGCAGAUCAUUGUGGAGCUCCUAAUGGUGGUGUCACUGGUGCUGGAGAGAAAUCCAGAGCUGGAGUUUCAGGAGAAGGUGGAUCUGGAUCAGCUGGUCAAAGACGCCUUCGCUGAUUUCCAGAAGGAUCGAGGACAAACCGUAACCGCCCAGAGUCAGAAGGAGAUGGAGGCGUUCUAUAACACUCCUCCGUUGGGAAAGAAAGGCACCUCCAGCUACCUGACUAAAGCUGUGAUGAUCCUUCUGCUGCAGGGGGACGUGAAGCCCUGCAAGGACGACCCCUGCUCCGUCAGCUGAACACGAUUCACUUUGUUAUUUUCUUUUUCCUUUUUUCUCUCUUCCUUCUCUUUCUCUCGUUAUCUCUCGUUCUCCUGGUUCUUCUCUUUCUCAGUUCAUCUUUUCUGUGUUUAUUUUUAGAGUGCAGAGCCUCUUCAACCUUCUUGUACAUUUUUAAACCGAACUGUUAUGCUGAUUUUUAAAAAGCCCGAGUGUUUGCUUCACCUCCUCACCCUCUCGUCCCACGCCUUCCUCUUCUUCUGUGCUCCUUUUCAGUUUGCACCAGAUGACGCUUUGGUUUCAUCGAUUUGACUUCUGAUAACCCCGUACACGAGUCAUGCUGUUAAUAACGGUUAUACAAUAUACAGUAGUGCUAUUAUUAUCAGGAAACUGCAUGAUAAACAGGACGUGUCCCAGAAAUGAACUCCAUCCCAUAAUGUUGACCCUACAAAAAUAAGCCCCGCCCACCCGGCGUCAUAGAUACAAUUCCAUGGGCUCUAUUUGCCAACAUGGCUCUGGUGCUGCUAGUUAGCAAACUGUUAAUCAUCGUCAUCAUCGUACUGUAUGUGAUAGCUAGGUAACGGUGUUAAAUAGACUAUAGCUAGCAAACUAGCGUCUCACUAAGGGUUCGUCAUCACUCCAUGACUUUACAGUAAAUAUAGUCUGAGGCGUCGCUGCAGGAGCUAAACAUUAUUUAGACAAGCUGAAAAUUCGUUAUUAGUAAAGAAGGCACCAGUUUUAAUGACUGGUUAAAAUAAUUUGUUUGUAUGAAUAGAGAGUAAUAUCAGCGCUAGUUUAAUUUCUACCCGUAACUCAAGCGCUUAGCCUACUUCUUUUACUUAUAUCUACUGUAUUAUGUUCAUCCUGGUCUGUUUUUGAUUUGACUUAAUAUGGUGGAUGAAAUGUGACAAAAUUAAACAUUAAUAUUGAAGUUUAUUUAUUAAGGACUAUUAUUAAAUGUAUUAAUAGAGUUAUUUUAUUGUUGAACUCUCUACACGUAUUUGGAGAGUUAACUAGCUAGAUAUAUUUCCCCCAAAUAAAUAAAUAAAAUCCAAUGAAGCGCAGGAGUAACAGCUGAACGUAUUCUGACUAUUUUUGAAUGUAGUUUUGGUUACUGUACAUGGCAGUCAGAUUUUCACAUAAUACUUUAAUGUUUGUAUCACAUGUGAGAGUUUAGAGCACACCGAAUGUCUUUAAUGUGCUGUUUGUAAUGUUAUUAUUGUUCAUUUCUAAAAGAUGUAUAAUGUUGUCUCGUUUGGUCCACCGUACGGAGCUCCACACCGAUCACGGUACAUACCCGAGCUUCUCACGUCUCAAUUCUCACGUCCAUUGUUUGUUGCAUGAUGGUGUUUCAAAUGUGGAAUGGAACGAUGAGAAGUUCGGCACUUAAUUUAAAAAUAUAAAAAAUAUGUAAAAGGUUAUAUUAAAAGUUUUAUGUUUAAGAGGAUUUGUAAGGCUUUGGCUGACCUUUCCUGGUCCUAAAGCUUUGAUUGAAUGUAUUAAAGCUGUGUUAAAAUAUUUUGUGUGUGUGUGAGCAGAUGUUCUGCUUAUAGAAAAGAAAUAAAUGCUAAUCUGAAAU